AUGAGUUAUUCUCUCCCACGAAAAGGUAGCGAUAUUGCAAAUGAAAAAUUACGUGAAAUGGGCGCUGGUACAACUGUGGAACAUCAAGAUGGUUCAACAAAUAGUGAUACAAGAUCAGUAGAAUCCAAAGAUCGUGUUAAUUCUUCUUUGGCUGGUUGUAUGACUAUUGAUCCUCCGAUCAACGGUAACGAAGCAACAAAAUGA